CCCGGCCGCCCGUCCCGGCGCUCAGCCCCCGGCCCCGCCCCCCGCCCCAGGCCCGCCAUGAUCCUGACCAAAGCCCAGUACGAGGAGAUCGCCCGGGGCCUGGUGUCCGUGCCGCCCACCCGCCAGAGCCUGCGGAAGCUGCGGCGGAGGUUCCCCAGUCAAUCGCAGGCCACUCUGCUGAGCAUCUUCUCCCAGGAGUACCAGAAACAUAUUAAAAGAACACAUGCCAAACAUCAUACUUCGGAAGUGAUUGAAAGUUACUACCAGAGGUACCUGAGUGGAGUGCUGAAAAAUGGAGCUGCCCCCGUGCUCCUGGAGCUGGCCAAUGAGGUGGAAUAUGCACCCUCAUUAAUGGCUCGGAUUAUCCUGGAGAGAUUUCUACAAGAACGAGAGGAAACUCCACCCUCCAAGUCUGUUAUAACCAGUAUGCUGCGGGACCCUUCUCAGAUUCCAGAUGGAGUUCUGGCCAAUCAGGUCUAUCAGUGCAUUGUGAAUGACUGCUGUUAUGGACCGCUGGUGGACUGCAUCAAACAUGCCAUCGGUCAUGAGCACGAAGUCCUGCUGCGAGAUUUGCUUCUGGAGAGAAACCUGGCCUUCCUAGAUGAAGAUCAGCUCCGUGCAAAGGGUUAUGACAAAACACCAGACUUUAUUUUACAAGUACCAGUUGCUGUAGAAGGACACAUCGUUCACUGGAUUGAAAGUAAAGCCUCAUUUGGUGAUGAAUGCAGCCACCACGCCUACCUGCAUGACCAGUUCUGGAGCUACUGGAACAGGUUUGGCCCAGGCUUAGUCAUCUACUGGUACGGAUUCAUCCAGGAGCUGGACUGCAACCGGGAGAGGGGCAUCCUGCUCAAAGCCUGCUUCCCCACCGACAUCGUCACCCUGUGCCACGGCACCGGCGACCCCGCGGGCCCCGCGGAGGCGGGGAGGAGCCGCGGCCGGAAGCCAUCGCCCAUCCCCGCCCUGUGAACCCGGGGCGGCGCCGGCCCUGAACUGCGGCUGAACCCUGGCCUCGGGGCCGCCCCGCCACCCCUCCAGACAGACGGAUCGCCAGGCUCUGCUUUCCUUCUUCCCUCGCCCAUGCGAGCAGCUGAGAACCGCAGGCGCAGCCCACUCAUUAUCAGCAUUUCUGUCUCCGUCAGACAGUUAGUUUAUAGAUACUCAUAAUCUUCCUUCCUUCCGCAUGGUUUCUCCUGUGUACCCAACAAAGGAAAGAAUGUGGAGACUGAAAGGUGUGAUUUUUCAAUUCCCCUCCUAGUUAUCAAAUCACCCCCUUAUUUUUUUCUCUACCUGCCCAUUUAUUCUCCCUCCCUCCCCCUUUCCUCCACCUGCUCUCACAGGAACCAGGAGCGUGGAACUCCACUCCACACCGCCGCGGAUUACCUGGCACCCGCUGGCGGAAGGGCAGAUGGAGUGGGCUGGACUUUGGCUCCCACCUGUGGGACUCUGCCGGUGUCUUGUGCUGCUCGCUUGCUCCUUUAGCCCUUCCCGACUCGAGGGCAUUGAGCCACACCGCAGACAUACACAGGACGAGACGUUUGUCUUUUUAGAAUUCUUGUUUCAACACCAAGCCUCUUAUAUUUAUCUCAUUUAAAGCAUCAGUUACCUUGUGUCUGGCUCCCAGAUGCUGGGGACAGAAGGGCUGGGCUUCUUUUUAAAGGGCUGUGUGGCCCUGCCUUCUAGCCAUUAUUUUUUAGAAGUGCUUUCUGUAUGCUGUUUUUAUACCUGCAUUUUAUAUUGCAUAAUCAUGUAACACUCAAAUAAUUUAGACAUUAGCAAUAUUCUGCUGUGAAUGAAUGAAGUGUGCAAAAAUAAACCUGCAGCAAUUUAAAAAUAACUACAAUAAAAAAAUUUGUGAUUGUUCACCUC